AUUCAGAUUCCAUCCAUUCAUACAGCGAAGGGAAGUGGGGGGUUGGUAAUCGAGCAAGAUAUAGGUCGCCUCCCUACUAUGACCUGAUCGCAAGUAGUAUAAGAAUCGGGGCCCACUGUAAUUGUCUUGGUUCAGGACGAAAACCUCAGCUCUAAUCUCCAUCUAGGACAAGCUUGAUCAAAUUCCACCGAUCAUGACGAAUCAAGACAUCCAUCACGACUCGGACCAGGAUGGUUUCGCCACUCGUGCCAUUCAUGUCGGUUCUCAACCAGAUCCUACUACCGGCGCAGUGAUCCCUCCUCUGUCCCUCAGUACUACUUUUGCUCAAGCCGGAGUCGGGACAGCCAAAUACGACUACUCGAGAUCCAUCAACCCUAACCGAGAAGCCUUGGAAUCGCUCUUGGCCUCUUUGGAACACGGCUCUGCCGCGAUCGCCUAUUCGAGUGGGAGCGCGGCGACCGCGGCGGUCUGUCAAUGGUUGACCCUGCCUGUAGCUGAAGGAGGUGGACGAAAAGGGUCGAAGCGGGAUGAAAUCAGGGUCUUGUCUAUCAGCGAUGUGUACGGCGGGACCUACCGUUACCUGAGACGGGUGGCAGAAGCCACAACCUCGGUCGAAGUUGACUUCCUAGACAUGGCCCAGAUUACAUCCGACGAUCUCGCCUCCGCCUUGACCCCCGAGACCAAACUUAUCUGGCUCGAAUCGCCUACGAACCCCUUGCUCGUUGUACCUCCCCUCGAGCUCAUCUCAUCUGUCGUCCGUUCGAUCCCGGAGCAAGACCGCCCGCUGAUCGUGGUCGACAACACUUUCCUCUCGCCUUAUUGGAGCAACCCGUUGGAUUUGGGCGCAGACAUCGUUCUUCAGUCGAUCAGCAAGUAUUUGAAUGGGCAUAGCGAUGUGAUCAUGGGCGCCUUGAUCAUCAGACAGGGGUUGGAAGGACGGCUCUUGAAAGGGUUGAAGUUCCUUCAGAAUAGCUCAGGCGGUAUCCCUUCCCCCUUCGACUGUUUCCUCGCUCAACGUGGUAUCAAAACCCUGCCCCUACGCGCCCUCCAACACGGUAUCAACGCCCUCUACAUCGCCUCACGCCUGCAGUCCAACCCGCUUAUCAGCGAAGUCCGGUAUCCCGGUCUGGCGAGCAACGAGUUUCACGGACGAGCGAAAUGGAGCUUGAGCAGUCAGGCCAAGAGGGACUUGCGUCGGCUAGGCUGGAGCCUCGACGAGAACAACAACAGCUCGAACGGUCACACAGAACUGGACAAGGAGCGUACUGAGGGCGGUAUCCCCUUCAGCGGGAUGGUGACCAUCCGUCUACGUGCCAACGAAGCCCAGACAGAGAAGUUCCUGCAAUCUCUGCGCCUAUUCGCUCUGGCCGAAUCGCUAGGAGGUGUGGAAUCCCUCGCCGAGGCUCCGUGGAAGAUGACCCAUGGGAGUAUUCCCGUCGAGGAUCGGCUGAAAGCCGGGAUCACCGAGAAUCUGGUUCGGCUCAGCGUGGGGAUUGAGGAUCGGGAGGAUUUGUUGGCUGAUCUGGAAAGGGGUCUGAAGAUCGCAACCCAGGAUUGAUUGGAGGCAUAGAAUUGGGUAGCAGCGCAUCAUAAUACUGUAACUCCCAUUUGACUCAUGAUUCUCUACGUACGAGCAGACCUGUUGACAUGUUCGAAACCAAAAUAAGGAGGAUUAGCUGUC